AGGGCCCCGCCCCGGGGAGCGGGGCAUGCGCAGAGCGGGCUCAUGUUCGCGCAGCUCUUCGUCCUCUCGGCGCAGGGAGACCGGCUGCUCUACAAGGACCUCCGCGGCGAUGGCGGAGCAGACCUGCCGGGCGCCUUCUUCCGCCGCAUCACGGCGCUGCCCGGCGUCCGGGCGCCCGUCUUCCUGGAGGCUCCGGACGGGCAGGGGCGGCCCUUCGCCCACGUGCGCCACGCCGGCCUCUACCUGGUGGCCACCCUCCUGCCCGGCGCCUCGCCCUUCGGCGCCGUCGAGUUCCUCAACAGGCUGGCCUCCCUCCUGCGCGACUACUGCGGCGCCCUCCACGAGCAGACGGUCAGCCUCAACUUCGCCCUCAUCUACGAGCUGCUGGACGAGCUGCUGGACUUUGGCUACAUUCAGACGACCAGGCCUGACGUGCUGAAGAACUUCAUCCAGAUGGAGCCCGUGGUCAGCCAGCCCUUCAGCCUCCUGGACCUCAGCAGCGUGGGCCUGUUUGGAGCCGACACGCAACAAAGCAAGGUGGCCCCCAGCUCUGCCGCCGCCCGUCCUGUCCUGCCUCUGCGGGGAGAGCAGGGAGCGCGGCCAGAGGUCUUCCUGGAUGUGGUUGAGCGUCUCUCCGUCAUUAUUGCGGCAAACGGCACGCCCAUGAAGACGGACGUCCAGGGGGAAAUCCGGCUGAAGAGCUUCUUUCCUGGCUUCUCCGAGAUGCGGAUCGGACUCACAGAGGAGUUCUGCGUGGGCAAGACGGAGCUGCGAGGCUACGGCACGGCCGUCCGCGUGGAUGAAUGCUCUUUCCAUAGCUCUGUGAAGCUGGACGAAUUUGAGCGCAGCCGCAUCCUCCGUGUGACCCCCGCCCAAGGGGAGCUGACCCUGAUGCAGUACCAGUUGGCAGACGACGUGCCUUCCGCUCUGCCUUUCCACCUGUUCCCCACCAUCAGCCACGACGCCAGCGGCAGGCUGCAGGUGUACCUGAAGCUGCGCUGUGACUUGCCCCCUAAGAGCCAUGCUGUGAACGUCUGCCUUCACCUACCUGUCCCCAGGGCCUCCCUGAGCCUCGCGCAAGAGCUGAGCAGUCCUGAGCAGACGGCUGCCCUGCAGCCCAGCACCAAGUCUAUUGAGUGGCUGGUCCCCAGAGUACAAGGCGGCUCCCAGCUCUCUGCUCUUUUUAAGCUCGAGGUGCCCGGGCUGAGCCAGGCGUUGCUGCGGGAAUUGGGACCCCUCAACCUGUCUUUUGAGGUGCCAGCCCACACCUGCUCUGGCCUGCAGAUCCGCUUCCUGCGCUUCUCUGGGCCACAGCCUAACCUCCCGUAUCGCUGGGUGCGGUACGUGACCCACAGCGAGUCCUACGUCAUCCGCCUCCAUGCGGGGUAGCGCUUCUUUCUAACGGCGGCCUGAAGAUGCGCCUCUUCCGCCCUGAAAGCAGUUUCCUUUUGGACCCAGGGAGGCUGCUUCAACCAAAAACAUGUUUUAUUUAUUAACAAGGAAACAUUAGUAAUGCUGGGCUAAUAAAGAAUUAAGUUACAAGAA